UUUCGGUAGUAACGAUAAUUUCACACCUCUUAUUUUGUUGACUAGAAUGCCCUUCCAGGCUACGACUGCCAUUCGCUUCCGAAUUUUUCAGAAAUUACGGAAGGAAAAACCAAAACAGCAACUCUAUGCUCUCGCGGUCUCACCACUAGGAGUUUUAAUCUGUGUUCGUCUCUUCGACUCUGGUUCAGCAUAACAGCUUUAUCGAUUCGAUGGAAAUUUGUCCUCUAAUAAAGAACAUACUUCUGCUGGAUUCUGAAGGAAAGCGUGUGGCUGUCAGAUACUAUUCAGAUGAUUGGCCGACAAAUAGUGCGAAGUUAUCUUUUGAGAAAUCUGUCUUCACUAAAACUUCAAAGACAAAUGCCCGAACAGACGCGGAGAUCACCAUGAUUGAUAACUACAUUAUUGUCUACAAGUGUACUGAAGAUCUUUACUUCUAUGUUACUGGGGGUGAUAAUGAGAAUGAGCUCAUUUUGGCAUCAGUCCUUCAGGGAUUCUUUGAUGCAGUUGCCCUUCUUUUGAGGGAUAAUGUGUCAAAAAUGGCAGCACUUGAAAGUUUAGAUCUCAUCUUUUGCUGUAUCGAUGAGAUUGUUGAUAGGGGGAUUAUUCUUGAAACUGAAGCCAGCGUUAUAGCAGGAAAAGUUGCCUCCAAUGGUCUGGAAAGUUCGUCAUCAUUGACUGAGCAGACUAUAACUCAAGCACUAGCUACAGCACGGGAACAUCUUGCAAGAUCUCUGCUCAAAUGAUGGUGCUUAUCAAGAGAGAGAAAAAUGAUUAUAUUCCUUUGCUUUCACGAUGUUUACAUUACUCAAUUUCUUGAAUGUUGAAAUUAUAGAGGACUGUAAAUGGCUGAGUUUUCUUUUCUUUCUCAUGGUGUGUGCACCCGCAUACCGAGGAUGAGUUAAAAGUUGGGAUUCUGUGGAACAUCUGCUUAUAGUUCAAUUUUUAAAGAGAUCUUAAUCUCUAAUAUCUGUUUAUCUGUUUAUAAAAUUAUAUUUGGGUGUCA